AGUACAGGGAAAGUUUUCUUUUUGGUUUUGUUAUCAAAAUGCCUCUCCUGCUAAGACUCAUCCCUAGGCUACACGGAAAACCGAUCGUCUCCCUGGCUGUCAAACCUUGGUACCUAGCUGAUUAUGAGGACUACACCAUGCCUUCUGAUGAUCAACUCAAGGAGUUGAGGGAAAGCAAUAAACUAGUCAUCUGGGUCUUGGGUGGGCCCGGCUCAGGCAAAGGCACUCAAUGUGACAAGAUCGUUGCGAAGUACAACUUCACUCACAUCUCCACGGGAGAUCUCCUCCGCGCCGAGGUCCAGGGAGGCUCUGAGAGAGGGAAGUCGCUCAACGCCAUCAUGAAGGAAGGAGCGCUCGUACCAAUGAACGUUGUCCUUGCCCUCUUGGCAGAGAAGAUGAUUGCUACAGUCAAAACCUCAAAUGGGUUCCUCAUUGAUGGAUACCCUCGAGAACUGGCACAGGGACAAGAGUUUGAGAAAAGUAUUAAGCCCUGCGACCUAGUGCUGUACAUGAAGGCUAGUGACGCGACGUUGAAAGCGCGACUGCUCAAGAGAGCCGAGACAUCCGGUCGCACAGACGACAACGAGGAGACGAUCCUGAAGAGGUUAAAAACUUUCCACGACCACAGCGACCCUAUCAUCAACAACUACACGUCCAAGGUCAAGGAGAUUGACUCGGAAAGAGAUCCGGAAGUUAUAUUCGCUGAUGUAGUUCAAGCCAUCGACGGUGUGAAAAAGUAAGCUACCGGUGCUAAAACAUUCAUGAAAAAAUGUCACAUUUGAUUCCUACCUAGAUAUGUUUGAAUACUGUCAUCAAAUGUAUUGUUUGAUUCCCCAGUUUGGCUUUUGUAUAUUUUAUUUAAUUAGACAUUAAUUUGUAUGUAAGAUUUUAUGAAUCACAAAUAGUUGUACUUAUAUAAAUUUUUAACAACCAUUUUUCUAGAUAAACCUCGUUCAAAACACUGUUUGAACAUAUACUGUACUUUCAUUCUGAUCCUAAAGAGAAAUCUAUUCAUCCAUAUUUUCAAUGUGUAAAAUAUAGGUUGAUUCGUUGAUUCUGCCUUUAAAGACACUGCCAUCUUUAAAUUGUUAGGAUAUUUCAUGCACUGUUAUUAAAACUAUUGCUUCUGUCUUAUUUAUGAGACACAUAUUUUAUGUAUGUUUCUUACUUAAGAAAUGCUGCACACAAUUUCUGUAUUUCUAAAUAAUGUUUAAAACUACAAUAAUCACACUAUUACUUGUGUUCUACUCUUAAAACACAUCAGUACCUGGGGACCGAGCUUUGCUCGGGGGAAAUCAUUAGUCCACUCUGAAAGCAGUCUUAGUACUGUAUUGGAGACACAUAGAUCCAUUCCCAAACUCCACACGGCUUGCCUUUACUACGUCCUACACCAUUUCCUACGUCAUGGACCUGUUUCCCUCCAUUUCCAUGGCACUUUAGGAUUGUAGAUAAAUUAAUCUAAUCGUUAUUAACAGUUCCCACACUCCGGAAAGCUCGUCUUUACUACGUCCUACACCAUUUCCUACGUCAUUGACCUGUUUCCCUCCCUUCCCAUAGCAUUUCAGAAUUGCAGAUACCUUAAUCUAAUCGUCAUAAACAGUUCCCACACUACAGACAGCUCGCCUUGACUACUUCCUUCGCCACUUCCUACGUCGCGGACCUGUUUUCCUCCCUUCCCAUAGCAUUUUAGGAUUAUAGAUACCUUAAUCUAAUCGUCAUAAACAGUUCCCACACUCCGGACAGCUCGCCUUUGACUACAUCCUUCACCACUUCCUACGUCGCGGACCCGUUUUCCACCCUUCCCAUAGCAUUUUAGGACUGUAGAAACCUUAAUCUAAUCGUCAUAAACAGUUCCCACACUCCGGACUACUCGCCUUGACUACUUCCUUCACCACUUCCUACGUCGCGGACCUGUUUUCCUCCCUUUCCAUAGCAUUUUUGGAUUGCAAAUACUUUAAUCUAAUCAUCAUAAACAGUUCCAACACUCCGGCUACUCGCCUUGACUACUUCCUUCACCACUUCCUACGUCGCGGACCUGUUUUCCUCCCUUUCCAUAGCAUUUUUGGAUUGCAAAUACCUUAAUCCAAUCAUCAUAAACAGUUCCCACGCUCCAGACAGCUCACCUUGACUACUUCCUUUACCACUUCCUUCGUCACGGACCUGUUUCCCUCCCUUCCCAUAGCAUUUUAGGAUUGCCCAUACCCUUAUCUAAUCGUCAUAAACAGUUCCCACGCUCCGGACUACUCGCCUUGACUACUUCCUUCACCACUUCCUACGUCGCGGACCUGUUUUCCUCCCUUCCCAUAGCAUUUUAGGAUUGUAGAAACCUUAAUCUAAUCGUCAUAAACAGUUCCCACACUCCGGACAGCUCGCCUUGACUACUUCCUUCACCACGUCCUACGUCACGGACCUGUUUCCCUCCCUUCCCAUAGCAUUUUAGGAUUGCCCAUACCUUUAUCUAAUCGUCAUAAACAGUUCCCACACUCCGGAAAGCUCGUCUUUACUACGUCCUACACCAUUUCCUACGUCAUUGACCUGUUUCCCUCCCUUCCCAUAGCAUUUCAGAAUUGCAGAUACCUUAAUCUAAUCGUCAUAAACAGUUCCCACACUACAGACAGCUCGCCUUGACUACUUCCUUCGCCACUUCCUACGUCGCGGACCUGUUUUCCUCCCUUCCCAUAGCAUUUUAGGAUUAUAGAUACCUUAAUCUAAUCGUCAUAAACAGUUCCCACACUCCGGACAGCUCGCCUUUGACUACAUCCUUCACCACUUCCUACGUCGCGGACCCGUUUUCCACCCUUCCCAUAGCAUUUUAGGACUGUAGAAACCUUAAUCUAAUCGUCAUAAACAGUUCCCACACUCCGGACUACUCGCCUUGACUACUUCCUUCACCACUUCCUACGUCGCGGACCUGUUUUCCUCCCUUUCCAUAGCAUUUUUGGAUUGCAAAUACUUUAAUCUAAUCAUCAUAAACAGUUCCAACACUCCGGCUACUCGCCUUGACUACUUCCUUCACCACUUCCUACGUCGCGGACCUGUUUUCCUCCCUUUCCAUAGCAUUUUUGGAUUGCAAAUACCUUAAUCCAAUCAUCAUAAACAGUUCCCACGCUCCAGACAGCUCACCUUGACUACUUCCUUUACCACUUCCUUCGUCACGGACCUGUUUCCCUCCCUUCCCAUAGCAUUUUAGGAUUGCCCAUACCCUUAUCUAAUCGUCAUAAACAGUUCCCACGCUCCGGACUACUCGCCUUGACUACUUCCUUCACCACUUCCUACGUCGCGGACCUGUUUUCCUCCCUUCCCAUAGCAUUUUAGGAUUGUAGAAACCUUAAUCUAAUCGUCAUAAACAGUUCCCACACUCCGGACAGCUCGCCUUGACUACUUCCUUCACCACGUCCUACGUCACGGACCUGUUUCCCUCCCUUCCCAUAGCAUUUUAGGAUUGCCCAUACCUUUAUCUAAUCGUCAUAAACAGUUCCCACACUCCGGACAGCUCGCCUUGACUACUUCCUCAACACCUUCCUACGUCGCGGACCUGUUUCCCUCCCUUCCCAUAGCAUUUUAGGAUUGCAGAUACCCUGAUCUUAUCGUAAUAAACAGUCCCCACACUCCGGACUGGUCGCCUUUACUACUUCCUUCAUCACUUCCUACGUCACGGACCUGUUUCCCUCCAUUCCCAUAGCAUUUUAGGAUUGCCCAUACCCUUAUCCAAUCAUCAUGAACAGUUCCCACCCUCCGGACAGCUCGCCUUGACUACUUCCUUAACACCUUCCUUCGUCUCAGACCUGUUUCCCUCCCUUCCCAUAGCAUUUUAGGAUUGCCCAUACCCUUAUCUAAUCGUCAUGAACAGUUCCCACGCUCCGGACUACUCGCCUUGACUAUUUCCUUCACCACUUCCUACGUCACAGACCUGUUUCCCUCCCUUCCCAUAGCAUUUUAGGAUUGCCCAUACCCUUAUCUAAUCGUCAUAAACAGUUCCCACACUCCGGACAGCUCGCCUUGACUACUUCCUUCGCCACUUCCUACGUCACUGACCUGUUUCCCUCCCUUCCCAUAGCAUUUUUGGAUUGCCCAUACCCUUAUCUAAUCGUCAUAAACAGAUCCCAGACUUCUCACUGCUACCCUUACAAUCAUAGACAAUGUAUCGAGUAAUCUUCAGUAUAAUCUUUGCUAAAUGGUGUUUUUCCUUUUGUACUGUAUUUGUAAUUUGCUAGUAUACUGUGGGUAGUUGGCUUAUUAUGAACACAUGCUACAACUUCAAGUCUUUUGUUUACUUUUUCCUUGUUAUUUAAUUCAGCCAACAAGGUUACCUAGCAACCCAUAAGACUAAUGUAUAAAAAAAUGUGAUUUUCAGUUUCAUUUUUCUACGUAAUUAGAUUUUUGUUGGCUGUUCUAACUGCAGUAAACUCGUUUUUAGGCCAGAAUUAAACUAUUUACAACAUUUGAAGAAAAUCGUCGGAACCGUUUUCGAGAUCUUUGUGCAAGCAAGCAUACAUACAUACAAGCAAACAUUGCUCGUAUUAGAGUAUAGGAUAUUCUGUGAAUAUAUGUUAUAACAUGAUAAACUUUAAAUAGUUAGUAAAGAAGACAAUAGAAUAGAUGGUAGGAAAAGCAUAAAUUAGCAAAUUUGUUAGAAUUUAAAAAUUUUAUUCCUAGGGAUUUAUUAUAAAAUAGAUAAGUUUAAUCUUGUGUCAGAUGUAAAAAGCUACUUGAAUGAAUGAGAAUCAUUAUUCUAUUUAAUUUAUAACAAUAGCAAAAAAGCUACAAACUCAAAUGAAUAAUGAUAAUGUUAUAUCCUUUAUUUUUUAUCCUAAUGCCAUGUUAUACUCAUUUACAUUUUAAAUUCAAUAAAAUUCUAAAACUAGAUAUAAUUAUAUAAUGAAUCUUAAAUUUUAUUUGUUCAUUCACAAGCAAGGGAAAAUCAAAGAUUCUGAUUAUGAAAUGUAGGUAUUGUGAAAAUUUAUUUGUAGCAGUAAAUAAUAAGGAAAAUUUAUUUUUAUUAUUUAUUUUCAAAAACCUCAUUAUUUGAGUUAUUUGUAAAUAAUAGGUAAUUUAACUUAUGUAUUUGAAACAUUUAGUUCUGCUAAGUACAAAUGUUGUAUUGUCUAAUAGUAUCUUAUGUGUUCAUGUAAAUUUUUGACAACGUUUGGUCUAAAAUGUUGUUUAUUUUUGUGUAAUUUACUCGCUACGCUUAUAAAAAUAAUAAAUUAUGUUGUUAUUGUUA